GCGGUGGAUUCCGACGGGUCAGUGCGGCAGCGCGACCUCCUUCCGAGUCGUACUUCCGAUACUUGUAUCUCACGGUGCACCGUACUCAAUACUGAUGGUGACUACACAGAAUUCUCAUUGACAAUCAAUGGAAAGUCUUAUGGCAGCACCGCCGUCAGAGACGAAGAACAUUCUCCCGCCCACAAUCUUGUCAGCACUGCAGCAGUUCGCAUCUCAGGAUGCUCUCACAUCAGGCGGUUUUCAUCCUUUCGCUUCGAACCCGGAGGACACAAUCUCGACCCUGAGACGCUUAGUGGAGGCGACUAACCAGGCAGCAUUGUCUCUCAACGCACAUUUGUCCUUGCCCCUCAAUAAUCCAAGACUACUAUCACUAUACAGGCAGCAGGCGUCUAUAGCGUCCUCGGUCCAGCGGUCAGAACAGAGCGCCCGCCAUCUGGUUAGCACUCUUCGAAAACGCGUCGGCAUCAUGUUCGGCGAAGACAUACCGCUGGAAAGACCGCUCCUCGUUGAAUGGUUUCUCAAACGUCUUCUAGAAUGGGGAGCGUCAGCUGGAAUGGAGGCGUUCAACGAUCCAGAGCAGAAUGGCCGGACAACUGUAGUGCUUGGUGGCAAGGUCCUUGUCGUUGACAUCGACUUCGCCAUUGACCGAACCAAUCCUGCAAAACCCACUAUCGAUGUGGCCACUCUCAAGACAGCAUACGCGAUCCCUAACAGCACUGGGGAGUCUUCCUCCGGGAAUUCAGUAUCUCUCGAUGGUUUCUUAGCGCACGCCAUCCGGGCUUUCCUGAACGAGGUCCAGAAGGACGACGCGCAACGCGACAGCGUUGAAGCCGCACGAAUAGGCAACCUCUUAUCUGACCAUCUCUCAUACCUCAUGAAGUUGGACCAUUUAGCGCUUGCUGAAGGUGAUGGUGGGCUACGGUGGUUCUCCUUCAUUGACAAGAUGUCACUUGAAGUCGAGAAACUCGCCAGCAGAGAGGCAGUAGUUGUUCAGAAGUCAGAAAAGGGCGGGGCGAACACACCGCUCGACGUCUUCCUCCUACGGGCGCACGCACUCCCACUACCAUACCUCACAUCUCCAUCAAUAUCCUUCCUCACAUACCUCUCGCCCCUCGCAUACCUCAAGCUCCUCCGCACAUCCCAGCCUACCGGCCCACCAAUCAACCACCUUCCCAACCUCGACGUUCCCUUCCAUCAUCUCCGCACCGCUCUCACUACACACCCACGUCAACCAGGCAUGACAAUCGCUACGCUCGUUCUCUCUCCGAACCCGCCCCCGGCCUACCACGCGGACUCGAUGUCGAUGUCCGGCCUCGACGCACGCACGUCCACGACGCUCGUCGAGGACGCGGACAAGCUCGAGUUCCUGUUCCCCGCGGCGCGCGAGGCGCAGGGUCAGCAGCCGUUCAGCUGGCUGCUCGACUUCACGGAAGGCGGGAAGUACCCCGGGGUGGUGAUGAGCCAGUCGCGGAUGCGGGACAUUGAGAUGGUCGUGAACCCGUUUGGGAGCAUUGACCAUAUGAGUGACGUGCCGAUGAUGGCGUUCGGGACGGGGAGCUGGGUUGAUCUUUUGUUCAACCCGCAUACGCAGACUCCGAUAUCGCCUGAGCGUUACACGGCGCUCUAUACAUCACCUACCUCUGUGCAUCCACCGCUCCAACUUCGACUCAACACGCCAGACGAGCCCGGCUUCAUCUUGGAAACUAUCCCCGUCAGGACCCUGAAGGAGGUCUGGAGCAUCUUGGAGAUUGUACGAGAACAAUGUUGGCUCAAUGAGAUCCUGACGAGCUGUCAGUGGGUUCCGGAGGGCCUCAACCCCAACCAGACCGUAGAAGACGAAGCGGACGCGACAGUGACCGAGGACGACCUCCAAGCCGUACUGAAAGGACACAUCGAACCCCGCAGCAUUCCUGUCAACAUCAGGAUCCCACAACCCGUCCCGCCAUUCUCGGACUCGGAUAUGGACGCGUUCUCGCUGGGGCGCGGGCACGCGCGCAUCACGAUGACCACUCCAGAGCGCCCGCCAAUUUCGGGACUCGUCGAGAUCACGGUAACGUUCGACCCCGGUCGGGCACGCGGGGUGGCAGUGGACAUCACGGGUGCCGUGGGUGUGGACUUGAGCACGGAAGUACUAGAGGAAGUAUGUCGGCGGGGAGGGCUGCUGGGUCUGCCCGGAAGGGUGUGGAUGAAAGCGCAUCAGAUGCCUUGA